AUGUCAAAAAAUCAAGCUUCACCGUCCACUAAUUCAGCUGAUAGAGAUAUUUGGGGUGAGAUAUGGAUGAAUCCAGUUCAGCCGAAGGUGAAACAUUUUUUGUGGCAGAUAAUUCAUAAUACGUUGCCAUGCAACGUCAAUCUAGCUGGACGAAUCCCUGAAAUGUCAAAAUUAUGCCCUAGAUGUGGUGUUGUGGAGGAGAGUCAGAUGCAUGCAUUAAAGGACUGUGAUGUUGUUCGUGGGUUGUGGCUCCUUUCUCCUCUAAGCUUGCAUAUUUUCAGUGCUUUGAAAGAGGAGGAUGUUAGGACGUGUAUUUUAUGUCUCCGGACGAUUUGGAACAAUCGUAACAACAUGGUUUUUGGCAAUAAUAGGAUUCCCACUGCUUCUCUUUUUCGUCAGUUGCCCUCACAGCCAGGCCGAAAAUGUUUGUCAGAAAGGGUAUCCAACGCUCUCCAACCUGAAGCAGCCCCGGCUUGGAUUCCACCACCGCCAAAUUCGCGUAUGAUUAACACUGAUGCUGCAGUGUCUAUUAGAAGCAACUUGUCUGUUAUAAGUAGUGUGUGCAGAGACUUCGAUGGAGCUGUGUUGAGAUGGGGUGUUUCUGUUUUUCGCGGUAUAACGGAUGUUGAAGUGGCUGAAGCCAAAGCUGUCUUGUUUGGGAUUCGUAUCGCUGCUAUUCUCCCAUGUGAAGCGUUGAUCCUUGAAGCAGAUUCUGCCAAUGUUAUAAGCAGGUUGAACAACCCAGGUAGUGCAACUAACCCGACACAACUUAUUAUUGAGGAUUAUUUUGCAGAAACGGCUUCUCGGUUAGUUCAUUAUCACAUGUCCGACGACAUUGUAAUGUAG